AUGGUCAUGGCGGCUGCAUUUUCUUGUUUUGUUUUAGUUGCUAGGGGCGAUCAUUGCAACCUUAAUCUUGUACCGGGAUGCACAGAUCCUAGUUCAUCCUCUUAUGACCCGCUUGCCAAUGUAGAUGAUGGAACAUGCCCAAUUGAGCUAGAUUCCGACUCUGAUUAG